GAAAUGGGACCAUCACCAAGCCACUGCUUGCCAGUCAUGAAAUCUAAAGGUUGCCUUAUCAUCCACUCAUCCUCAUCGUACCGCAACAAGUGUAGAGUACGAACAACAACCAAAAAAAAAAAAAAAAGUAGAGUACUGUAGUGUUGAGUGUAGUUUGUAUUGUCACCCUCAUCAGAGUCAGAGAGAGCACGGCAGAAAGAACCGAAGGAGGUUCCAAAAUCCUCUAAAUUCUAAUACUACUCCCUCCCAAACUGACAACUCUAACAAUAAUACCUUCCAAUUCUAUCAUGCCUACUUCUCCAACUCCAAUGGACCCCAUAGACGUGUUCUGGCACGAGGGGAUGCUUAAACACGAAACUGGCACAGGCGUUUUCGACAGUGGCAUGGAUCCUGGGUUUCUUGACGUCUUAGAAAAGCACCCAGAGAACUCAGACAGGGUCAAGAACAUGCUUUCCAUUCUCAAACGGGGCCCCAUCUCUCCUUACAUCUCUUGGCAUCCUGGCACACCUGCUCUCGUCCCUCAGUUGCUCUCCUUCCACACUCAAGAAUACAUAAAUGAACUAAUUGAAGCAGAUAGGAAUGGAGGAAAGAUGCUUUGUACCGGAACAUUCUUGAACCCUGGAUCAUGGGAUGCCGCACUUCUUGCUGCUGGUACUACUCUAUCAGCAAUGAAGCAUAUACUCGAUGGCUGUGGCAAAAUUGCGUAUGCAUUGGUUAGGCCUCCGGGUCACCAUGCUCAGCCUACUCAAGCUGACGGGUACUGCUUCCUUAACAAUGCGGGUCUUGCUGUUCAGUUGGCUUUGGAUUCUGGGUGUCAAAAGGUUGCAGUUAUUGACAUUGAUGUUCAUUAUGGCAAUGGAACAGCAGAGGGGUUCUAUAGGUCAAAUAAAGUUCUUACCAUCUCCCUUCAUAUGAAUCAUGGGACUUGGGGUCCGUCUCAUCCGCAGAAUGGAUCUGUUGAUGAAGUUGGUGAAGGAGAAGGGUUUGGGUAUAAUAUGAAUAUACCUCUACCAAAUGGCACUGGUGAUAGGGGGUAUGUGUAUGCCAUGACCGAGUUGGUCCUUCCAGCAGUUGAAAAGUUUGAGCCUGAUAUGAUAGUUUGGGUUGUUGGCCAAGAUUCAAGUGCUUUUGAUCCAAAUGGAAGGCAAUGCUUGACGAUGAAUGGUUAUCGAGAGAUUGGGCAGAUAGUUCGUAGUUUGGCAAAUAGGCAUACCGGCAGUCGCCUUCUUAUUGUCCAAGAAGGUGGAUAUAAUGUUACAUAUUCAGCUUAUUGUCUUCAUGCAAUGCUUGAAGGUGCGCUCAACCUUUCAAAUCCACUAUUAUCUGAUCCCAUCGCUUAUUACCCAGAGGAUGAGGCCUUUUCUGUAAAAGUAAUUGAAUCCAUUAAACAGUACCAACAAGACACUCUACCAUUUUUAAAAGAAGCUUAAUUUGAAGGUAUUUGCUUUACAUUCUGCUCUUAUAAUUUGUUUUCCACUUGUAAACCUUUGUAUAUGAUAUUCUAUUUACAUUAAUAAAUAGUAAGUUAAUUGUAAAUGUUUGUUAUUUAAAUUUAGAAAUUAAUUUUUUACUCAUCAUGGUAGGCAGGGGCAAAACUAGAAAUUUAUCAUGAGGGGAGCCAAAGCUAAUAUUUGUGAGAGAUUUAGAGUAUUAUAGUAAAAUUUUACUUUUACAUGUAUGUAUGGAUAGUCAUUUAUAAGAUAAUAUUAAAAGAAAU